AUGGCGAAGCCCGUGAGAACAUGGGGUGCCCAUGGAAGCAGCAGCCUCCCGGAGGAGAUCUUGGUGUGGGAGAUCCUCGUCCGUCUGCCCCACAAAGAUCUCGUCCGCUGCCGCGCCGUGAGCCACGCGUGGCGCCGUGCCGCCUCCGCCCGCGAUCUCCUCCUGGAACACCACCGCCGCCAGCCAUCACUCCCCCUCAUCAACCGCAGAGUAAAACCCGGCGCCGGGGAACCCCGCUGCUGGCUCCACGUCGCCGCCUUGGACCAUGAGAAGCUCCAGCCCGUGGCGCGGCUGGACAGCCUGCACGUCUGCGUGAAGGCUUCCUGCGACGGGCUGCUGCUCCUGGCGGAAGGAGUUCGCGGCACGCCUACCGGCAUGAGCGCCUCCAUCUGCAACCCGGCGACGCGCCAGAUGGGCCGUCUCCCGCAGCUGAAGGGGUACGUCGCCAUGGGGCUCUACCGGCACCGCCCCACGGGCGAGUACCGGCUGCUGCUGCGCUGGUGGUUCAGCAGGAGCUCGAUGUACGUCUUGGAGCUGGACCGCCACGAGCUGCCGCUGAGGCGCAUCCAGUGCCCGCCGGACGCGUCGCACUACCGGUUAUCCUCCUCCUCCUCCUCCACGCCUGUCCUGCUCCACGGUAACCUGCACUGGACAUUGGACACUCUGGCUGUGCCGCGUCGGACAGAAAUACAAGUGUUCGACACAACAGCAGAGUCAUUCCGUCGAAUGAGUUCUCCUGAUGUUCCUAUACGCGGGGCUGAUCUGUUUGAGAUGGACGGCGUUCUUGGCAUGUACAGCUGGGAUGAUGCCAUGAGAGUUGUUCGUAUCUGGGCGAUGCAGGAGUACGAGAGCCAUGUCUGGGCUCUCAAGUGCAGCGUCGAAUUGCCCAUGAUGCCGGAGAUGCCGCUGACCCAGGAGCGUCGGAGGAGCAUGAUGGUUGUGUGCGAAGAGGGGGUUGUGCGCGUGCUGGUCGCUUGUGGAGGAUUGCUGCUCUGUGUUGACACUGAGGGCAAGUUGCUGGCAAGUUCCCGUGAUGAUGAUCAUAGCCUCUCCAUUUCGAAGCAGUUCCUGAAGACAAGCCUGGUUUCACAUGACUUCUUCUCAACGUUUCAGGGUGACAUGAAUGAUCGAUGA